AUGAAUGGUGAUGUUCAAUUUAUGCAUUUUGUGGUUGAAACGUACAAGAAACAACAAUUAAACGAACAAUUAAAUGAACAAAGAAAUAAAAAGAUGACUCAUCGUUCACGUUCUUCAUCUAUUCCAUCUCCUGGUCCACUUCAACAAUCAGUACGACAUCUGUCGCGAUUAACUGACAAGCCCAUUACAUCAUCGUCCACUCAACAUCAAUAUCAGCUGAUCAAUAAUCAAAUGACAAAAACACAUACUGAUAUUACAACUGUUCCACCAUCAUUAACAGUAUGUAAUCAAACAUCAUCAACACCACGACGACCAUUAGAUGAAAGUAACUCUUCUGAAUUUCAAUUACAAAGUCGAAUAAAAAAAUCUCGUCCAUAUGAACUAACAUCAACAAAUUUUAAUGCUAAGGAUAAAAGAACAUCAUCAUUAUUAACAACUGAUCGUCAAUUUUGUUUUUCUUCAGCUCAAUUAAAACAUGCAAUAUCUACUAAUUUACCAUGUUUUUAUAUACAUUUUAGUCUUGAUGAUAAUCUAGCUCAACAACAAAAAUUACCAUCUGCUAUGAAAGUGGCUUCAUGGAUUCGUUAUUU